CCUCGGCUGCCGUGGAAGGCAUAACAACCCUGUAUUUUGGAUAUUUCGAAGAUUACUGGCGUCUUUACGUCUUGAAUAACCUUGAGAAAUUUCUAGCAAAUACAUAAAAAAGAAAUAAGUAAGUUCUAAGUAACACAAUUGAUACUUCGACCAUUUAUGUUUUUCUUCAAGUGACUGCACCAUUCACGAGGUCUCCGUUAGCGAUCUUCUUACUCAAAUUUCAAAACCCAUUUUCAUCCUCAAGCAACAAGUAUUCGAUUUGGAAGAAAAACUACACAAGAUGCUAUCUUUUAAAGUUAGUUAAAUGCUGCCAAUAUUACCUACAUAACGAAAACAUAUUAAUCAAUACUAUCUACCAACGCCAUCUUUAUUAAUAAAACUUAAUUUUAGCAACAAUAUGUAUAGAAAAAAAAAAUUGUAAUCGAAAUUUAUUAGCACAUUUCAAUUAUAUACCUACUAAUCUACUAUCAUUUUUCACUGUAUCAAAUUUUAAUAGCAUCUGGACGUUUGCUAAUUAAUUACCUACGCUUAAUUUGCAAAUUUUAUGAGACCUAAGCUCAAUAUACGAUACCUCGACGUGUUUCAUUAGAAUUUAUAUCUUGGUUAUUGAGAAUAAAGGUAAAAUUAGCUUGUUCUGUGGAUAAUACGGCAACGCGCCGCGCCGGCCGCGUCGUUCGAUACGCACGGCGCGCGCGUACCGUGCGGCCGGACCCCAGUCAGUAUACUCCACAACACGGGAACUUACACACACUUACAGAUUAAGUGAGACUAAGAGAACAAUGAACGAACUAGACCUGAUCAAAGAAGUUGAGAAACGUCCUAUACUCUAUGAUAAAUCCGUAAGCGGAUUUAACAAAACGAAACUCAGAGAUGAUGCCUGGAAAGAGGUGCAAGAAGCUCUUAAUGUUACAGAAUCCGAGUGCAAAAAACGCUGGAGAUCUCUGCGUGACUCCUUCAUAAAAUUACAGCGAACCCAUGGAGGUCGUACGAGGUGGCCAUAUCAUCAGGCGAUGCGUUUUCUCCUGCCACAUAUAGAACCUAAGGCGGAAACCGGAAUAAAAAAAGAGGAGGAUUCCGAUCCCGAAGAAGAAGUGGCAAGACAGCGAGCUAUACAGAACCUUCCAGACUUCUCAUUCAACCAUGACAAAUACGAAGACGACGAAUUUUCAGAGCCAUCGCCAAAGAAACAACGUCUCAACUCCACAGAUGAAGAAUCAUGUCAACAUUGUACUAGGACGGACCCAGACGAAUUAUUCUUGCUGAGUUGCGCUCCGACUUUAAAACGGUUGAAUUCCAAGAAAAACGCGGUAGCUAGACUCAAGAUACAACAAGUGCUUUACGAAGCGGCAUUCGGCAGGGAAAUGGACGCGUCUUCGGCCCAAGAUCACAUAUAUGACGAGCAAGAUGAUUGAAUGCAAUCAUGGAUGAUCGAAUGAAAAAAAAAUCAUUAGUUUAUUUAUUAAAAUUUUAUUUUAUUUUCCUCCAGGUCUCUUCUCUACCAAAGAGUACGCCUCGAAUUGAGAACUUCCACAGUUUAAAAACUGCAUAUAAAUAGUACAAACGGUAUCAUUAUUAUUGUAAUAAAGAAUGUUUAUUAAAAUAUGUAGUAGCAUAAGUAUAAUAAUCUAUAAUAUAGAUGACGCUUCAUACUCUGUGAAUUCAGAAGUUCUCUCUUCGAUUAAAUAUGUCUGAUAGGUAAGCUAAUUGUAAAUUUUCAAUUACAUAUUAGAAGACAUUACUAAAUUCCAAGACAAUAGUACGUAUAUUUGUAGACAUGUUAAUAACGAACUGUGAACCAAUUUGAUAAAAAAAGACCUAGAUGAGUUAUCGAAAUAAAACAAUGUAGUACCUAACUAUUUUAUCGUACCACCUAUAUGUACAUAUUAGGAAAUUUCACAUUUUAGAAUUAUUACAUAUUUAAAGUAUGUAUUUAAUAUGUAAUGAAUUUAACAAUAAACAAUUUGAACAUUAUUAAAUUAAUAAGAGUUUUAUGCAAACUAUACUAAUCGAGCGAUAAACGAUAAAUAAAUACUUAUAAUAUACGCCCCUUAUUGAAAACCCCACGCUUCAUUUUUAUUGUUAUUUAAAAAAUUACACGCUAAUUAUUUGGCAAAUGUAUCUUAUUGAGAAUAGGUACUUUUUUUACUGAGAACUUUUUUUCGUAAUCACAAGUCUCCAAAUUGAAAAAUUUCGUUGUACCUAAACUUAAUGUUAGCAAAAUAACGGCUACUACAUAUAUAUGGGAUUAAAUUAAUGAA